AUGAGUCAAGUACAGGCUACAGGCCGACCGUCCGUCAUGAAUAUCUCCGUCAAGUUUGGCGUGAGUGAUGCGCUGGAUGCUGCAGUUACCGACGCUGUGAACUCCGGCAUUCACGUUAUCGUCUCAGCCGGAAACUCCGCAAAGGACGCCACUACACAGUCCCCUGCUCGAGCACCCGCCGUGGUUACGGUUGGAGCUAGUGACAUUACGGAUGCCAUGGGAUACUACAGCAAUAUGGGGCCUGUCGUGGACAUCUUUGCACCUGGGACCAGUAUCAUCUCCGACUGGGUGACCACCGCGGAUUCAGUUCAGACCCUUACAGGCACAUCCAUGGCAACACCCCACGUUUCCGGAGUGACUGCCUACAUGAUCUCCAGAGCGUACUCUCAGGCGUUCGUGACCUCUAAUACCACUAACCUACUUCUAAACAACGGCUUUAAAUCUCCUGGAGGUGGUGUUAAUCAAGUUACAACAACACUCUCCACGACCGCCACCAGCUCCAGUUCAACCAGCAUCUCGCCCACCUCAGCGACGGGCUCUAACUCGGCCGACGCCACUACUCUCACCACCAUCAGCACUGAACCCACCUCGACAGCAAUCCAAUCCUCCACGGAAGAGAAAACGGAGGACGCAGACGGUUCAUCCUCUACGACUAGUCCCUGCCCCACCCCCACUAAGAAGGGAGAUUGGCUUUUACACACCAUCCACAGAUUGAAAUCAAGCAAAGGGUUCGCGCUAUGCGCGACUCGG